CCAACCCUUCUGAACCAGAUCUACACAGAGCUCUACAUCACAGAGGGAGGGACUGCAGAGGUCAGUGAUGAACAUGAGGUCAGACAGAUUGAAACAGCAUUCAGGAAACCAGACAGACCAGAAACAAUAAUCAGACAAGAAGACAUCUUUAAAGCCUCACCUGGAAGAGAAGAACCAAUCCGAACAGUGAUGACAAAGGGAGUGGCUGGCAUUGGGAAAACAGUCUUAACGCAGAAGUUCACUCUGGACUGGGCUGAAGACAAAGCCAACCAGGACAUACAGUUCACAUUUCCAUUCACUUUCAGAGAGCUGAAUGUGCUGAAAGAGAAAAAGUACAGCUUGGUGGAACUUGUUCAUCACUUCUUUCCUGAAACCAAAGAAGCAGGAAUCUGCAGCUUUGAAGAGUUCCAGGUUGUGUUCAUCUUUGACAGUCUGGAUGAGUGUCGACUUCCUCUGGACUUCCGCAACAAUGAGGUCCUGACUGAUGUCACAGAGUCCACCUCAGUGGAUGUGCUGCUGACAAACCUCAUCAGGGGAAAACUGCUUCCCUCUGCUCGCCUCUGGAUAACCACACGACCUGCAGCAGCCAAUCAGAUCCCUCCUGAGUGUGUUGACAUGGUGACAGAGAUGAGAGGGUUCACUGACCCACAGAAGGAGGAGUACUUCAGGAAGAGAUUCAGAGACGAGGAGCAGGCCAGCAGAAUCAUCUCCCACAUCAAGACAUCACGAAGCCUCCACAUCAUGUGCCACAUCCCAGUCUUCUGCUGGAUCACUGCUGCAGUUCUGGAGGAUGUGUUGGAGACCAGAGAGGGAGGAGAGCUGCCCAAGACCCUGACUGAGAUGCACAUCCACUUCCUGGUGGUUCAGUCCAAACUGAAGAACGUCAAGUAUGAUGGAGGAGCUGGGACUGAUCCACACUGGAGUCCAGAGAGCAGGAAGAUGAUUGAGUCUCUGGGAAAACUGGCUUUUGAGCAGCUGCAGAAAGGCAACCUGAUCUUCUAUGAAUCAGACCUGACAGAGUGUGGCAUCGAUAUCAGAGCAGCCUCAGUGUACUCAGGAGUGUUCACACAGAUCUUUAAAGAGGAGAGAGGGCUGUACCAGGACAAGGUGUUCUGCUUCGUCCAUCUGAGCGUUCAGGAGUUUCUGGCUGCUCUUCAUGUCCAUCUGACCUUCAUCAACUCUGGUGUCAACCUGCUGGCAGAAGAACAGUCAUCCUCCCAGAAGUCUGAAAUAAGAGAAGAUGAAUCUGCAGUGACACAGUUCUACCAGAAUGCUGUGGACAAGGCCUUACAGAGUCCAAAUGGACACCUGGACUUGUUCCUCCGCUUCCUCCUGGGACUUUCACUGCAGACCAAUCAGACCCUCUUACGAGGCCUGCUGAUACAGACAGAAAGUGGCUCAAAAACCAAUCAGGUAGCUGUUGAGUACAUCAAGAGGAAGAUCGAAGAGACUCCCUCUGCAGAGAAAAGCAUCAGUCUGUUCCACAGUCUGGAUGAACUGAAUGAUCGUUCUCUGGUGGGUCCAAUCUACCGUUUCCUGAGUUCAGGAAGUCUCUCCAAAGAUAACCUCUCCUCUGCUCAGUGGUCAGCUUUGGUCUUCAUCUUACUGUCAUCAGAAAAAGAUCUGGACGUGUUUGACCUGAAGAAAUAUUCUGCUUCAGAGGAGGCUCUACUGAGGCUGCUGCCAGUGGUCAAAGCCUCCAAGAAAGCCCUACUGAGUGGCUGUAACCUCUCAGAGAGAAGCUGUGAAGCUCUGUCCUCAGU